AUGUACUCUCCCAAAGUGGGCGACAGCCUGGAUGACCUCGACACCCCGUCCAUGAUUGUCGACCUCGAUGUCAUGGAAGCCAACAUCGAGAAGCUUAUGGACAGACUACUUCCAACUGGACGGAAUAUCAGACCGCAUCUAAAGACAACCAAGAGCGCUAUCAUCGCCAAAAAGCUUGUUGCAGCUGGUGCAAAAGGCGGAUGUGUCGCAAAGCUGAGUGAAGCUGAAGCAAUCACUGCUGCUGGCUUUACCGAUCUCCUCAUUACGUGUGAGAUUGUCGGUCCGGCCAAGGUCAGAAGAUUGGUUGAGAUUUUCAAGAAGCAUCAAGGUCUACGGAUAGUAGUAGACGACGCUGACGCUGCUACCGCCAUCAAUGAUGCCUUGGCCAACUCGGGUAUUCCAGAACCUAUAAACGUGUUGAUUGACUUGGAUGUCGGACUUCACCGCACUGGUGUCAAACCCGAAGGUGCUUUACCACUAGCACGACACAUCGACACUUUGAAACAAAUGCGUCUGAUUGGUGUCCAAGGCUAUGAGGGUCACCUGCAGCAUCUUCACGACUUCCAAGAUCGCAAAGAACAAUGUCUUGAAUCAAUGCGCAUUCUUACAGAGACUGCCCAAGAGCUCAAAAAUGAGGGAUUCAACAUCGAGGUUGUCACGACUGGAGGCACUGGUACAGCCGAUUUCUGUGCGACAGUGCCAGGUGUAACAGAGCUACAGCCCGGAUCCUUCAUUUUCAUGGACACAGACUAUCGCAACGCCAUCGGAGCCUACUAUUCCCACAGUCUGUCUUUCCUAGCAACAGUCGUGAGCAAGCAGGGCGAACGUCAAGUCACAAUAGACACGGGUCUCAAAACUUUAACAACCGACAGUGGUCUUUCUGAAUGUAAAGAUCAAAGAUAUGUUUACAACCAGUUGGGUGAUGAGCAUGGGUCGUUGAAUUGGGAAGAAGGAACACCAUCGCUCAAGGUUGGCGACAGGGUCGAGAUGAUUCCAAGUCAUAUUGACCCAACUGUUAACCUUCACGAUUAUUAUUAUGCUCACCGCAAUGGGACCAUUGAGGAGAUCUGGCCAGUUGACUCAAGAGGCAAGGUUCAGUAA